AUGGAGAGCCAGAUGUCGAUACUCAAUCACCCUCCUCGAAAGAUACCAGGACCAGCAUUACUACACGACCUUGUGGCAAACGAGACUGCGGACGAGGUAGCCAUCGAGUACCUGUCUAUUGACGACGCACAUGACCGUCUGACCUACAGAGAGCUCCACGAGCGCUCGAAUGGCCUUGCAUACCGACUGUGGGCAAUAUGGGAAAACUCUCCAAGCGCCGGCAACUCAAGAUUCAUCGUGCCGCUGCUCAUCGAACAGAGUCCAUCGCUCUACAUCGCGGAACUGGCCAUUCUCAAGGCUGGAGCAGCAUUCUGUCCAAUCCCAGUCGAUGCACCGGAAGAGCGAUUCCGGUUUAUCUGUGAAGACGUCGGAGCGCAGGUGGUUCUCACAACGCCACAACUUCAGCACAAGGUGCCAGCUCUGGAUGGUGUCACUGUGCUAGUACUAGAUGCCGACCGCUUUGAAGUCGAGCAACAACCACCUACACCCGCCGUCGAUACGUCACAUCCAGCCUACGUAAUGUACACCAGCGGAAGCACCGGUCUACCUAAAGGCGUCCUCAUCUCACAUUCUGCGGCCACCCAAGCUUUACUCGCACAUGAGCCACACAUACCAGCAUUCUCCCGCUUCUUGCAGUUUGCAAGCCCAACUUUCGACGUCUCCGUCUUCGAGAUCUUCUUCCCUUUGUACAGGGGCUCAACUUUGAUCUGCGGUGUACGGCGAAAGCUUUUGACAGAUCUGCCAGGAUUCAUCAAUGAGAUGAGAGUCGACGCCGCGGAGCUCACACCUUCAGUCGCUAGCAGUCUGCUGCGGAUCAGGCAGAAUGUACCCGAUCUCAAACUACUGCUGACGAUCGGUGAAAUGCUCAAACAGGACGUAGUUGAGAACUUCGGCGGUUCCGCGGAUGAGCCCUCGAUCCUAUACGGCAUGUACGGACCAACGGAGGCAACGAUACACUGCACCCUGCAGACGGCACUCUCAAAAGACAUGUCGGUACGGAACAUCGGCAUUCCUCUGGACACCGUCUCUGCGUUCAUCAUUCCGGCGGCGUCGGAGGAAGAGUCAGCGAGUGAAGGCUGCGAUGUACUUCCACUAGGCGAAGAAGGAGAGCUGGCAGUGGGUGGAUACCAGCUCGCUGGCUGUUACUUGAAUCGUCCCGAACAGACUGAAGCCUCGUUCUUCGUGCAUCCGGAAUACGGUCGUCUAUACCGCACGGGAGACCGAGCGAGGGUGACUGAUAGUGGCGUGCUGGAGUGUCUUGGACGGAUUUCUGGCGGUCAAGUCAAGCUGCGAGGUCAAAGAAUCGAGCUCGGGGAGAUCGAAUAUGCUGCGUCGAAGACACCCGGCUGUCAGACGGUCGUUGCGGAUGUCAUCGACGGAGCACUAGUCGUCUUCUGUGUUUCCGGGGAUGAUUUGACGCCAGACGAGGUGCUGAGGGUUUGCCGUGAGUGGCUUCCGGCAUUCAUGGUCCCAGCAGAUGUCGUGAUUCUUGAGCAGCUUCCAUAUCUUGAUUCUGGAAAGGCAAAUCGAAAACAGCUACAUGAUGUCUACGCUCAGAAGAAAAAAGCGUCCGCUGCGCCAGAGGGAGAUACAAACCCACGCCUGGAGCGGAUCACCGAUGUGGCAUCAGCAGUACUGCAGACCUCGCUGACCGCUCAGACAUCACUACCACUGGACUCACUGUCAUCGAUACACUUGGCUUCGCAAUUGAAGAAGGCAGGCUUUGCUCAGCCUAACGCGGUCGAGCUGCUCGGCUGUCGCACCGUGAGAAACAUUGACACACUGCUUACCGAUCUUGAACGGGACUCUGACGUACAAGAGGUCAUCCAGUCUGUUUCGGAUGAAGGUAAGGAGCUUCGAGACGCAGUGCAGGAGCAGUCGAACAUCAACAUGAGUCUUGUUGACGACGUAUUUCCCGCCUCGCCAGUCCAGUCUGCAAUGUUGAGUGAGACUCUGCGAGACGAACGGCUCUACUGCAACUGGGUUGAGCUGGCCGUACCUUUCGUAUGCUCGCCAGAGACAGUCGAAAAGUCCUUACGCAGCCUGCUUCAGCAGCACAGCCUUCUUAAGGCGGGCUUCGUGGCGGUCCACGGCUUUGUGACGACUCAUGCUGUCAUUGUCUGGAAAGAAUCGCAGCCGUGGCAGAUUCGACAUGUUGACAAAUUCGACAACGAUUUCCGGAUCAAGGAUGAAUCUGAGCUACUUCAUCCUAGCAGCUUCCAGGUGCUAGUUGAGGGCGAUGGAAUACGAUUCGGACUCGCUAUACACCACUCGCUCUAUGACCAAUGGUCAAUGGAUGUCCUUCGAAACGAUCUUUGCUUGCUCCUGAGAGGUGGCAAGAUCGAUCCUCCGCCCUCGCACGCCCUAGUGUCUGAGCAGUCUCUUCGACACAUCAGAUCAAGAGUCCACACCGACGACCUUGACUUCUGGAAGGGUCAUCUGGGAGACUUCAGUCCAACCUUGUUUCCGCACAUGAACGGGAAGCAGGUUGCAAAGCAGCAAGAACGGACAGCAUGGCAGAGUCUCACCUCGGAUGCCUCGACAGUCCGGGACAAAGCGCAAGAUCUAGGAUGCACUCCUGCUGUCGUUUUCCAGGCCGCCAUGACAUACCUUCUCGGCUGCUUGACGGGCAGCACAGAUGUCACAUAUGGCGUUGUCUACUCUGGCCGCCACCUGCCUAUCGACGAUAUCGAUCGGAUUGUCGGGCCUUGCUUGAUGACGCUACCGUCUCGAGUGGAUAUUUUCACCUCGCUGACGUGCUCGGACCUUCUGCUAUCGAUCCAGCAGCAGAACCGUGCAGUGCAGAGUCAUGGACUCAUACCACUGGCUGAGAUCAAGAGUGCCGUUGGAACAGCGCCAGGGUCGAGACUGUUCGAUACAUUGUUCCUAUGGCAAGAGAGCACAAUUUCACAGCACGAUGAUCACGCCUCUCUUCAAGAAGUCGACUCCGUGGACCGACAUGAGUUCAGCUUCGUUUUGGAAGUGGCUCCCAUACAAGAUGUUAUCCAAGCGAAAUUGACCUAUGAGGAAAGCAUGAUCUCGAGCGAACAGGUCCAGGUUUUUCUCCAGCAGCUGGAUGCGAUCGUACAGAUAAUCGUCGCGUCUCCUGAUAGCCCAGUCAAGGACCUGGGCAGCCGCAUGCCAAGCAAUCUACUAUCCAAGUCCAACCCACAUCCGUCAAGUUGCGUGCCGCGUGGAGGUCUACUCAGUAACCUACGAUCAUUUGCUCAGAACAUACCUUCCGCUCCUGCUCUGCGCUUCGCCACAAGCAUUACCGACCAUGGACCAGAUAUGCAGACUCUCAGCUACGAAGAGCUAGACGCCAGUUCUACUGCCCUUGCAAACCAAUUCCGCUCACUUGGAGCACUACCUGGUGAGCUGCUGUGCAUCUGCAUGGAGAAGUCAGUCAAUCUCUAUCUGGCUAUCAUUGCAACUAUCAGAGCUGGAUGCGGGUACUUGCCUCUUCUGCCGGACACGCCAUCCCGGAGAAUUGCAUCAAUACUUGAGCAGAGUCAGGUCAAGAUGUGCAUUUGCGACAGCGACUCUGCUACUGCCUUUGAAGCCUUCGGUCCACACAUCAUCAACAUCAAUGAGCUAGACUUCACGUCAGAGCGAGAGGUGGAAGAACCACCGUGCAUUCGGAACGAAGACGUCGCCUAUACUGUCUUCACAAGUGGGAGUACUGGCCAGCCGAAAGGUGUGUCCGUCACAGCAGGAAACCUCCUCAGCAACCUCGAAGUUUUGUCGGAGCUCUACGACGUCCAACCCGGCGACAAACUGCUACAAGCCUGCUCUCAAGCGUUCGACGUAAGCGUCUUUGAGAUCUUCUUUUCUUUCCACACUGGGAUGUGCCUAGUGUCUGCUCGCAAGGACGACAUGUUCUCGGACCUCGAAGCAAGCAUACGAGCACUCAAAAUCACCCAUCUUUCGAUGACGCCAACCGUCGCCGCUCUCAUCGAUCCAUCCAACGUUCCCAGCGUCCGCUUCCUUGUCACCUCAGGCGAAGGUGUCACAGACCUCGUGCAUCAGCGUUGGGCAGGCAAGGGCUUGUUGCAUCAAGGCUACGGACCUUCAGAGACCACCAACAUCUGUACUGUCAACAUGCACAUGGCGACAGACGACUCUCUCGGCAAAAUCGGCCCACCGCUUCGAAAUACUUCAGCCUUCGUCAUUUCACCUGGCAAAGCGUUCAACAUCCUCCCGGCUGGCGCUGUUGGCGAGAUAGCUCUCGGUGGUGAACAGGUCUUUCGGGGCUACGUUGGCAGGGAUGACUUGAACGCUGAAAGCAUCAUCGAUCAUCCUAAAUACGGCCGUCUGUACCGGAGUGGUGAUAUGGGCCGUCUUCUGCCUGAUGGGUCGUUGCUCUCUUGCGGGAGGUCUGAUGAUCAAGUCAAAGUGAGAGGUAACCGGAUUGAGCUCAAGGAGAUCAAUGCUCUUCUCAUGCAGCAUUCGCAAGUACGAGAUUGUACGACUAUUGUCGCUGGUCAGAGCUCGAAGGAGCAAUCUCUUGCCACGUUCGUCAUCCUCGAAGGCGCAGAGGCAUCUGAUGCAGCUCCGACGGCUGCGAUGGAUAUCGAUGGCGAAAGGAUUGACGAGCUGUUUCAACUUCUUGAGGCAGCUGUGCCGGCGUAUAUGGUUCCAAGCCAGAUCGUGCCAGUCACACGUCUGCCUCUGACUUCACAGGGCAAGCUCGAUCGCCGGUUCCUGAAUACCUUACUGGAGCAUACCAAGUCGCCUAGAAGCCAGAGUGGUCACACUGAUGACAAUGCUGCUUUAGCAGAGAAUGGCGCUCACCUCGAACAGCAGAUCGGAGCAGCACUCGCGGAAGUGCUUCGCAUCCCCGUCAAGAACAUCACGUUGAACGACUCUUUCUUUGCUCUGGGGCUCAACUCACUGACAGCAAUCUCAUUCGCCAAACUGCUCAAUCACCGGUUGGAGAGCAACGUACAGGUCAGCCAGAUCUUACGCACGCCUAGUGUUUCACGGCUGGCUCAAGGACUCUUCAGCCAAAUCGAUCAAACUAGACAGGACAGGGCAUCCGAUGAAUCGCCUCUCCUGCCCCGAGAGCUGAUUCAGAUGGCCCACGACACAUUGGAAGCAAGUUCGGAUGAGAUCGAAGCUGUUCUCCCUUGCACGCCGCUUCAGGAAGCCAUGCUCGCGACUGGUGCUUCGCGGUCCGGACAGGCGUAUUGCAACUCUACCUCUUUCAGGGUUUAUGGCAACCUUUCACGGCUGAAGCGGUGUUGGGAUGAUAUGGUUGCACGGCAUCCGAUACUGAGAACUACCUUCUUGCCGACUGAGGAAAAAUGGCAUCCGUAUAUUCAGGUCGUGCUGAAAGGGGAUCCAGGCGGCUUCUCAGCAGGCAAGGGUUGGCCACUGGAAGAUCGUAAUGGUCAUGACGAUGACCAGCCAGUGGUCGACUUCGCCAAACCAUUUCGCCUGCAAGUUUCCGAGGGUACCGAACAGUGCACGUUGACGCUACAUAUGCAUCAUGCGAUAUACGACGGGAUCUCAAUGUCCCUGUUGCUAAGUGAGGUGGAGUGCUUAUACAAGGAGGAGUCGCUGCUCACCUCGGUCGACUUCAAACCGUUCUUGCUGGAGGCUCAAAGGCACAGAACUGAUUGGAACGAUGACGCAAAGUCAUUCUGGUCGAAGCAUCUUCGCAACUUCAGCCCAAACCCAUUCUCAAGCUCCAGCGCGACGGCCGGGUCGGUUACUGUGCAAAGAAAGUUUGCCACCAUGGAAAGCAGAGUCGCCUCAUACUGCAAGAGAUACUCCCUCAGCCAACUUGCAGUCCUCCAGACCGCAUUUGCUGCCACCCUGAUGAUCUGCCAGGACACUCGUGACAUCUGCUUCGGCAACGUGAUGAGCGGGAGAACAGUGCCCGUGGAAGGCAUCGAGCGACUCGUUGCACCCACAUUCAACACGCUACCCGUGAGAGUUGAGUUGAAACGUCCGCUCAGCUACUUGGAGACGACACGACUGUUGCAUCAACACAAUACUGAAGCGCUUGACUUCCAGCUCACGCCUCUACGGCAGAUACAGGCGCUGUCUAAAGAUCCGGGGAGGCGUCUGUUCAAUGCGCUGCUGCUGGUGCAACCAGAGCAUCGUCAGCUGGACCAAGGUAUUUGGACAAUGACAGGGGAGACUGGCAUGAUGGACCUGCCUUUGGUGCUUGAGGUAGAGCCGGUGGCGGGUGAUUAUAACAUUUCGCUUCAUGUUCCGGACGAGAGCAUCUCUCAGUCAGAGACGGGUGCCAUCCUCGACCUCUUCAUCCAACUAUUGGAGUCCUGCCUGGUAUCUCCGUACAGUAUCCCCGACCUUUCGCGGGGCUCAGAACACACAACCUUGCCUAGACUGCUCAGGCCUACUGAGAUGGCCAACGGCACGGCUCACAGCCAUAACGAUAGCGUUUCCAAAGAUGACCUGUCUGAGCUCGAAGAAAUCAUCAGAGAUGCCUUUGCUCAGCUUGCAGGAAUUGACAAAGCCAGCAUUCAAGGAAAUACAUCCAUGUAUCACAUCGGUCUCGACAGCCUGAACGCGGCCCAAGUCGCCUCGCGACUGAGGGGCUCCGGCAUCAAUGUGGAUGCUACGGAUGUAAUGGAAGCCUUGACUCCACAUGCUCUUGCUGUCGUUGCCAACAAGAAGAAAGCUACUUCACCAGUAACCCCAUCCGCGUUCGACUUCGAGACGUUCGACAAGCAGUAUCGACCCACAGUUCUACGGGCGAUGGAGGUCGCCGACCAGGACAUUGAAGCUGUUCGUCCUACCACCGCAGCACAGACCGGCAUGACAUCGCAAUCCUACCACACAGAUGGUCAACUCUAUGUCAAUCACGUUUGGUUCCGCCUUCCCGGGAGCGUCACUCGAGAGGAAGUACGUCGAGCUUGGAGUAUUGUUAUUGAAAGGCACCAAGUUCUGCGCAUGGGCUUCCACCAAGUCCAAGAGUCCGCCUCCUUCUCCGCCAUGUCGAUCACGAAACCACAAUCCAGCUCGGUCCCUAUCCGCAAAGUGAAGAACAACCAAGCGCCGGAAACGAUUGAGCUGGAAGCUUCACAACAUGUAAUGCAAAACAUGUCUACACAGCCUUGGUGUAUUUCUUUCCAGUCCAGUGGCGGAGAAGACUCGAUGGUCUUAUCGCUGCACCAUGCUUUGUAUGAUGCAGAUGGGCUUCAACUCAUCCUUUCUGACUUUGGUAGAGCCUUCGAAAGUGCGAAGCUCGGUCGACUGCAGGGGAUCGAUGAGGUGUUGUCGAAGAUCCUGGAUGCUGAAACCGACAAAGAUGGGUCUGCUGCUCGUUUUUGGACCGAUGCUUUGCAAGAUACAAGCAUCUCGGCCUUUCCAAACCUGGCGCCAACGCUCGUCAAGCAGGGCAAGCUCCAAGUCGCGACGCAUACUCUUCAGCUCUCCGAGACAUCGCUCGAAGAAUUCUGUCGUCAGAACCAUGCGACGACUCAAGCGCUUGGACAGACAGCAUGGGCAAGUCUGCUGGCUGCAUACACAGGUGACUCCAAUGUCAUGUUCGGCACAGUCAUCUCUGGCCAACCAUCCACUAAUGCGGCGCACGUGGCAUUCCCAAGCAUCACCACAAUACCUGUGCCAGUUCAAACAAAUCGCCAUCCACAUGAAGUCCUGCAUGAUAUGGUUUCGUUUAAUGCCCACGCGUAUCGUCACCGCUUCCGUCCUCUGACGGAGAUACAACGCCACGGCGGGUACUCUGGGCAGCAACUCUUUGAUACUGUUUUCGUUUAUCAGAAAGCAGCGGCAGGUAGCACUGGCCUGGAAUGGCCCGUGGUGAGGGAAACCGCAGGCGUGGACUACGCUGUCUCGUUGGAACUUGAGGUCACGUCAACAGGUCAGGUAAACACACGCCUGACCUUCGAUACCGCCCGCUUACCGGAAGAGCAUGCCAGCCUGUUUCUUCGGCAAUUCGAGCAGAUCAUGAUCACUAUCGUCCAGGGACGUUCUAUCAAUAACGCCGAUCUCCACGCCAUCAGUCCAGCUCCGUACGAGGCCUUGCCGGCGCCCGCCAGCCACUUGCAUGGCUUGUUCGAGCACACAGCAGUCGAACACCCUGAUCGCAUCGCUCUUGAGUUUGUUACGCAGGAUGAAAAAGCCAAAGCCUCCAGAAAAUGGACUUACGCCGAACUUGAAAAGCGUGGAAACCAGGUUGCGCACCUUAUUCACCGCGCUGGCAUUCCACCGCACAGUGUUGUCGCCGUUCGCAUGGAUAAGUGUCCGGAGGCUUCCUUCGCUUUCUUGGGUAUUCUCAAAGCCGGCUGUGCGUUCCUGGCACUGGAUCCGGAACUGCCCUCCAGUCGACAGGAGUUCAUUCUGAAGGACUCUGGAGCCCGUUUGCUGUUACUUUCGGGAAGCAGUUACUCAACCUCGACGGAAUUCGGUGUCCACUGCAUUGGCUUGGGUGAGAAGCUCCUUCAGACCCUACCUGCAAGGGUAAUUGAGAUCGGUGGCUUGACCCGAGCAGACACCUGCUACUGUCUUUACACAAGCGGCACAACUGGGACGCCGAAGGGCUGCGAGAUCACGCAUGAAAAUGCCGUCCAGGCCAUGAUGUCGUUCCAGCGCCUGUUUGCCGGACGCUGGACAACCCGGUCUAGAUGGCUACAGUUCGCCAGCUACUGGUUCGAUGUCAUGGUACUCGAGCAGUUUUGGAGCUGGAGCGUUGGAAUUACGGUGGUCGGCGCUCCGAGAGACUUGGUCUUAGAAGACAUUCCUGGCUUCAUCCACCGAUUCGGCAUCACUCACAUCGACCUCACACCCUCUUUAGCCCGACUGGUGCACCCUGACGACGUACCGAGUCUCUGGGAUGGGGUGUUCAUCACCGGAGGCGAGCCUCUACACCAGGACAUAGUCCAAACUUGGGGCCUGAAGAGAACAAUUUGCAACGGAUAUGGACCCACAGAAGCCACCAUUGGGGUCACCAUGAACCGUUUCAUCGAUACAGAUGCCAAGCCAGCCAACAUUGGUCGACAAUUCGACAACGUGGGCGCAUACGUUCUGCAGCCGGACAGUGACGAGCCUGUAUUCAUAGGAGCGGUCGGCGAGCUCUGCGUCUCUGGCAAACUCGUCGGGAAGGGCUACGUCAACCGUGAAGAGCUGACAGCAUCACAAUUUCCCUAUUCCGAAAGACUCAGAUGUACGCUGUAUCGCACUGGUGAUCUUGUUCGGAUGCUGGCCGAUGGCUCAUUCCUGAUCAUUGGACGCAAGGACUCGCAAACCAAGCUGAGAGGUCAGCGCCUUGAAGUCUCCGAGGUCGACAAUGUCAUCAAAGGAUCAGACAACGCUAUCAAGCAUGUCGUCUCAGAUGUUGUCAAGGCAGAAGGAACUGGGAAGCAAGUCUUGGUUUCGUUCAUCACCACCAAUGCCACCGGGCGUUCGCAAAAGCCUUCAUUCGCCCGAACAGAAGACGAAGCAGCUCGUGUACGCACGGCGAAGGAGGCUUGCGAGAAGCAAUUGCCGGGAUACAUGGUUCCUACCAUCCUUCCUAUCGACUUCCUGCCUUUGACCUCGAACAACAAGGUGAACACCAAACAGCUCAUCGAGUUGUUCCAAUCUUGCUCACCUCAGGAACUUCAAAGUCUUCAAGGCUUUGAUGGCAGCGACCGCGCGUUGACAGAGGCGGAAUUCAAAAUCAGUGAAGCACUGCAAACGAUGCUCAAAACCGACCUUGGUGAAGUCUCUCCGCAAUCAAACACAUUCUCAAUGGGACUGUCUUCAGUUUCUGCCAUACCCUUCGCCAACCUUCUGAAGCGUAGUGGGUUUGGCAGAGCAAAUGUGGCCACCGUCAUGAGAAACCCUGUGUUGUCGCACCUAAGCAAUGCUCUGACCAAAGAAGCCGGUAGUGACACAGACGCUACUUCAGUGGACCAGGCGAAGCUUACAAUAGCAGCCUUCUCUCAACGACAUCGAGGUACUGCGUCGCAAGUCCUCAAUGUCAUGCCCAACGACCUGGAAGCUGUGUUACCAUUGACCACUCUUCAGCAGGGUCUUGUCUUCGAAAGCUUACGAGACGACGAACAACCGUAUCUCAACCACUUCUACUACGAUGUCACUGCCCUCGACACGCAACGACUACUGGUCGCUUUGCGGAGGGUUGUUGACAGCACACAAGUGCUGCGGACUCACUUCUUCGAGACUGGAGAGGGCUACGCUCAGGCCGUAAUGAAGCAGUACGACAGCCCACCAGUGUCACGGCAAUCCUAUGGCGAUGGCAGCAUCGAGAGUGUCCUUGCGGAGUUGAAGCGGGAGUGGUUGGCGACGAAUCAGAAUGGCCUCGCUCGCCCCUGGGAAGCCGUCGUUGCUGAUUUUCCAGACCGUUCCAUUCUGGCCGUGCACAUGCAUCACGCUCUCUACGACGGCAUCUCAUUUGAACUUAUGCUCGACCAGCUGGCAAGACUUUACGAUGACAAAAUAGCAAUCGACGACAUUCCAAGCUUCGCUGCAGCACUCCCAUAUGGCCCGCUUCGUGCUGUCAACGGCAAACCAUUCUGGACCAAGUAUCUCGAAGGUAGCAGGUACUCGCUUCUACCCACAACAUCUGGACCACAACACGACGAUCGCUCGCUCGUGCGGCUGAGCCUGGACAAUGUCACGCAAAUUGAGAUGGCUCGGAAGCGGCUCGGUGUUUCGCAUCAAGCUAUUGUUCAAGCAUGUUUUGAAGUCGCUCUGCGAAUACAUGUCCCUUCCGCUCAGACCUACGGCAUGGUUGUGUCAGGCCGCUCGAUAGACUUUGAAGGGGCAGACAGAGUGAUGGGUCCGAUGUUCAACACGCUCCCGCAAGCUCUCAAGAUCAGUCCAUCAUCAACAUUAUCGGAGUACACCCAACAGCGCCAUCAGACGAACGUCGAGAUGCUCCCGUACCAGCAUACGUCCCUACGUGACAUUCGCAAGUGGUGCUGCGAAGACCCAGCCGACCCCAUGUUCGAUGUGCUGUUCGUUUUCCAGCAUCAAGAUCAGUCGAUCCAAUCCGAAUUAAGAAACUUACUCCAGCCGCUGCCAACUGACCUUCGGCCGGAGUAUCCCUUGGCCUGCGAAGUCGAGAUGCAGGACGACGGUGCUGUUACGGCGACCUUCUUGGCAAAGGGUGCAUAUUUCGACCAAGCCCAACUUGAACACCUUUGCAGCGACUUCGAGACUGUGCUCGGAAGCAUGUCAAGCAGUAAGUCCAUACGCGACGAGUUCGGCAUCACUGCAGGCACAAGACAUCAGAACCAGCGCCUCAACGGCCAUCUGUCAACCCAUUCCGAUGGCGCCAACGACUUCCAAUGGACUGAGCAGGCAGAACUGAUUCGCAACGCUGCCGCGAAAAUUGGCGGUGCUGAAGCCAGCGGCAUCGACGAACACACGACUAUCUUCGCUCUUGGCUUAGAUAGCAUCGAUGCAGUCAAGCUAUCCUCUCAGCUUAAAAGAGCGGGCCUGUCGCUUCCUGUGAGCAAGAUACUACAGGCUCAGACGAUUCCAAAGAUGCUGGAGAUGGUUCAAGCCGGCAGCACCAACGGAGAGAUCAGCAUCGGCGAGAAAAGGUUCAGAGAACUGGAGGCACAACUCCAGGCUAAGAUGUUGCCGCACCUUCGAGAUGCAACAAAUAUUGAGAGAAUUCUGCCAGCUACUUCUCAACAGGAAGGCCUGGUCGCUGACAUGCUCCGCUCCAAGCUGCGGGAAUACUUCAAUCAUGAUGUGAUGAAGUUGAGGGAGCACGUCGAUCUCGAGAGGCUCAAAGCCGCAUGGCAGACUGUCGUGGAUGGCUCACCAGUACUACGGACAUCGUUCGCUGAGAUCACGGACCCCAAUAUCGACGCCGUAUACGCGCAAGUGGUGCACCGAAAGCAUCAGCUACGAUUCGCCGAGCUGCACGUCGACGACAUCGACUCGCUUGACGAUGCGUUCGAGCAGAUCAGACGAGAGGUUUCCAACAAAAUCCAGACAGUGUCACCUCUCCGCUUGACUUUCCUCAGAACAGGAACCGAACGUUACAUCAUGCUCUCGAUUGCGCAUGCCCAGUACGAUGGACACAGCCUGGCACUGAUACACGAGGACGUCAAACGAGCCUACCACAACGCUUACUCUCUGCGUCCUGCCAGCGAUGAGAUUGUUGAAGCGUCUCUUGCUGGAAACACUGCCGAUGCACAGCGAUUCUGGUCCGGUUUCUUAUCUGGCACGAACAAUCAACCAUUUCCUCGCAAGUCGUGGAACGGGGUCACCGGCGCCGUCCACCGAGCAGAGAGGAAAUGCAGAACGUCAGCAACCACCAUCCGUGACUUCUGCAGUUCUUCCAGCGUCUCCAUGCAAGCUCUGGCGCAGACCUGUUGGGCCCUGGCCCUCGCCCAUCACACCCAAAGCACGGAAGUGCUCUUCGGCAUCGUGUUAGCUUGCAGAGAUUCCGAUCAAGCCGAUGAGAUCAUGUUCCCGACCAUGAAUACCGUUGCCGUACGCUCCUCUCUACAUGGUACUCGAGCGGAGAUGCUGCGGUACAUGCAGAAAACAAUUACUGAGAUGCGGCCGUAUCAGAGGACUCCAUUGCGGACGAUCCAAGCGGCUGCUACAGGUACGACGCAAGGUCUGCAGAGUGGUGGGCUGUUCGAUACGCUUUUCAUCUUCCAGAAGAGACCGACGCCGAGGAAGAUGCUUGCUGCGCCGCUGUACGAGUCGGCCAGUGGGAGCUCCGAUAUUGAGUAUCCUGUGGCGGUGGAGAUGGAGGAUGCCGGGCAGUCUUUUGUCAUGCGAGCAGCCUGCAAGGACGAUGUCUUGAACGAAGGAGAGACAGAACGUCUGCUAGCCGAGAUGGAACAGAUCCUAGAAGCAAUCGUUGAGGCUUCGAACAAGCCUACUGUGGGCUUCAAGGACGGCAGAGCGUCGAUAUGUGGUCUCAAGCCGUUCACAUUGAGGGACACUGCGACGACUACAGAGCAACACACUGAAACGGUACUGGAAAAUGCAGACACGCCCGUCGGCGAUCCAGCGAUGGUGCGCACAAUACUAGAAGCACUGGCACAGGUCUCGAAGGUACCAUUCGACCAGCUGGACGCUGGUUCAAGCAUCGAGAGCAUCGGCAUUGACUCCAUUUCCGCCAUCAAAGUCGCAGGCCUGCUUCGGAAACAAAACGUCAACAUCAGCGUCAGCGAGCUACUGCGUGUGAAGAACGCCGCUGGCAUCACUGCUGCUGUGACAGCCAAGAAUGCACAGCAGCCAGCUGAGACACCAGAGAAGUCCGCCGGAGAGAUCAUCAAGCAAGCCAUUGGCCACUUCGAUAUUGAAAGGAUUGCGGACGAAGCGAACAUCGCCAUCGACAACAUCGACCACGUACUGCCGGCGACUGCCGGGCAAGUGUACAUGCUCAGCAUGUGGCACAAGACAGGCGGUCGGCUUUUCUAUCCGACGUUCAAGUACAAUCUUAAAGUGGACGUGAGCCUUGGGCAGAUCCAGCAGGCCUGGGACGCACUGCUUUCCAAGCACUCAGUCUUGCGUACGGUCUUUUGCUGUACCCAGGACGAGGAGAUCCCGAUACUGCAACUCAUUCUGCGAGAUGCUCCAGACAGCUUCCAACACGACCACGUCAUACGCAACUCGAGCGUGCAGCCGAUGGUUCAGAUGCUUGCUCAGCAGAAUGACGACGGCCUUGCUCUUCACCUCCAGAUCCACCACGCCCUCUACGAUGCCAUCUCCCUUCCGCUGAUGAUGCAGGACUUCAAGUCACUUCUGUCUUAUCCCCAAACGGAGCUUCCAGCCGCUGCAGUAACAUACACCGACUUCCUCGCUCCUCAACUGACAGUCAAUGCUCGUGCCAGCCGCAAAGAAUUCUGGACGAGCUAUCUCCAACAAGCCAACGUGCUCCGCCUCCCGCAGCCGUCUGUCGACAGCGCAAAGCGGCGAGUCGAGAUCUUCCAGCCAGCAUUGUCUCACCAAGCGGCAGCGCUGGAGACAAAAUUGAGGAAAGAACGCCUGAGCAUGCAAGCACUACUGUUCGCUGCAUGGGCAAAAGUAUACGCCGGACUCACUUCAACCACAUCCCAAAACGGAGCACCAGAAGACGAAGCGAAGGAUGUAGUCCUGGGCAUCUACCUCUCCUCCCGCUCGCACCGUCCGGAUCUCGAGUCGCUCUCUGCGCCGACGUUCAAUAUUGUGCCUUUACUAGUUCGCGCACCCUUGGAGACCGGACUUCUUGAGUCGGCGAGAGUAGUGCAGGAAGAUCUGCGGAAAAUCGGCGGAAUGGCUGAGAGUGCGGUUGGUCUGUGGGAGGUGAGGCAGUGGACUGGGGUGGAGGUUGACUGUACGGUGAAUUUACUGCGGCUGCCGGAGCGGAGUGAUGAGCCACUCGAGGGGGAUGAUGGCAUGGUUCUUAGAGAUCUAAACAAUGAGAGGCUGGAUGCGAGGAAAGAAGUUGUUGAGGCUCAGGGGAGUAAUACUGAGGCGCCAAAUGAAUUGAGAGGACUGGGAGGGAUUGCAGAUGCUUACAAGGUAAGUACCCCGUUGCGAGAUAUGUCGUACCGGCUGGGAUGGGAGAGUGCUAAUGUGAGUUCUCAGCAUUCGCUUGACCUUGAGAUGGCGGUCGUGGAUGGGAAGCUGGAUUUCGGGCUUUUCUGCCCGGAAUCAAUGGUCUCGCUGUCGCAGGCUGACGAGGUGAUGGAGGAGUUCAGAGCGUUGCUGGAGGACCCUGUCGGGAAUGCGAAAGGAUAG